AUGCGGUCCUUCAAAGGCAAAAUAGUUUUCAAUGCGGCCCUUACAGCAAAAACCACAAAUAAACAUCUUAGCGAAUUUCCCCACCGGUCAACGGUCGAAAAAUUAACAUAUGCGGCCCUCCAAGGCAAAAUAGUUUUCAAUGUGGCCCUCACAGCAAAAGAGAUACUUGGUACCUGUUGGAACUAUAUUGACGCACAAACAAGCGAGUGCUUCAGUCCUGUUGAAAGCGCAGUCACGAAGAGAGCAUGUUGCAGAAGUUCUAGCCUCACCAGAAGAGGCUGGUCUCCGAAAGUUCUCUCAAACACUGAAUAUGCUUUGUACAAACAAGUUGGAUCACGACAUGACUGUCAACAUUGCGUCGUUUCGUGCAGAAACAUACAAUGCGGUUUGAAUGAGGUGUGCAAAGAAGAAAAUGAUAAAGCUGUUUGCAAAUGCAGUGACUGCGCCGACGCUCCAAGAAAUCAAAUUUGUAGUUCGGGUUUCAAGACGUUUGACAGCGAGUGUCACAGGAUUAGUUAUCUUUGCAAGAAUCCAGAGGAUAAUUUUAAUUAUUUUAAUUACAAUGGAUCCUGUAAAAGUGAUUGCUCACAAGUCAUCUGUCCAAGCGGGCGUCACUGCGUUUAUUUUGAAACUCAGCCCAUAUGCAUCCUGUGCAGCACGUGCAACAUCGACUGGGGAAUUGACGGACCAGUCUGCGGCACGGACAACCGCACCUACGAUAGGGUCUGCACACUGAAUAAAGAUAGCUGCUUGCGCCACAACGGCAGAGUGAAGCUCGCUUAUAAUGAACCAUGCAGAGCAUCAGCCUCAUGCGACAAUGUGAAGUGUAAUGAUGGACUUAGUUGCUUGGUAAGUCCCGACACCCACAUGCCCAGAUGUUUCGAAUGUUACGACUGCCACACUCCUCGGGUAUCUUUUCAAGACGACGGUCCUUUCUGCGCUACCAACGGCAAAACGUACCAGAAAUACUGUAGGAUGGUCGAAGAUGCUUGUCAAACCAAAACUUAUAUCGGAAAAUCGUUUCAACGUCUGAACCAAUAA